AGGGCCAGAAGCAGCAGUUGUAGUGCGACCGGGUCAGCGACACAAUGGGCAAGAUCACAUUUUACGAGGAUCGCAAUUUCCAGGGCCGUUCCUACGAGUGCAGCAGCGAAUGUCCUGACCUGCACUCGCACUUCAGUCGCUGCAACUCCAUCAGGGUGGAAAGCGGUGAAUGGAUGGUGUAUGAGAAACCCAACUUUUCGGGUUAUCAGUACUUCCUGAGGAAAGGCGACUAUUCAGACUAUCAACGAUGGAUGGGAUUCAACGAUUGCGUGAGAUCCUGCCAAAAGAUACCUAAACUUCAAGGUUCUCACAGACUUGUCAUCUAUGAGCGCCCCGAGUUCAAGGGUCAAGCCAUGGAACUCAUGGACGACUGCCCUUCGCUGUACGAACGCUUCCACCAUAACAAUAUCCACUCCUGCCACAAUGUCGAAAGCCACUGGCUCCUCUACGAGCACCCGCACUACAGGGGGCGGCAGUAUCUGGUGCGCCCUGGGAAAUACACGCACUUCAACGAAUGGGGCAGCUCAAGUCCGAGGGUGGGUUCCAUCAAGCGGAUCAACCUGUAGGAGAAGGGCCUUUGCGCAUAUUGUUGAAAUAGAUGACUGUCAAUAAAUGCUCAAAUAAAAAUACUCGGUGACUGUA